CCAGCGGCAGUUUCCAGCUGCGCUCGCGAGCCGACCGUUAGUCUCUCCUCCGGAUCCGGCUCCAUAUCUAAUCCAGGUCUCAGUCUCCCGGUCUUCCUCCGGAGUUGUAACGACUCCGGUCCUCAGCUGUUCUGUUUCCCGCUGACGGCUGCUAGAACUCCGGUUCUGACCGACCCUCUGGAACUGGUUCUCCUCCCUCUUCUCACAGUCGUUUCGCCGCUGUCCUUACUGCGCAGAUGAGGCUCCCGGUUAUGCUGUCGCUCCUCUGGGCUGCUGGGCUUUCUGCUGUAGCUCCGGACCGACCCGAGACUCCAGUGGUAGACGUGCUGAGUCUGCAGGACUCGAAGCAGAGCGUGUCGGCGGUGGAGAGUCUGUCGGCCGCUUUGAGCGCGCUCAGUGACGUCUACCUCGUCUCCACGCUGCGGCUUCCUUCCAAGCUGGGCGGCGUCCUGCUGGGCGUCUACAGCAGGCAGGACAACAGGAAGUACCUGGAGGUCGCCAUCAUGGGCAAGAUCAAUAAAGUGCUGGUGCGGUACGUGCGCUCGGACGGGAAGCUGCACACGGUGAACCUGCACCACGCCGCGCUGGCUGACGGGAGGACGCACUCCAUCAUCCUGAGGCUGGGGGGGCUGCAGAGGGACUCAAUGACCGCUGAGCUCUACGUAGACUGCCGAUUGGCCGACUCCAGCCAGGGCCUGCCCUCAUUGGUCCCCCUGCCCCGGGAGGCGGAGCAAGUGGAGCUGAGGCACGGGCAGAAGGCCUACGCGCGCCUGCAGGGCUCCGUAGAGUCCCUGCGUCUGGCUCUGGGGGGGUCAGUAGCUACAGCUGGAGCUCUGACUGACUGUCCUUUCCAGGGAGACGCCUCGGCAUACAACUCAGUGAGCGGGGAGCUGAACUCCAUCCUGGGUGAUCACACCAAGGCUCUGAUUGGUCAGCUCAUCAUCUUCAACCAGAUCCUGGGAGAGCUGAGACAGGACAUCAGAGAACAGGUGAAGGAGAUGUCUCUGAUCAGAAACACCAUCCUGGAGUGUCAGGUCUGUGGGUUCCAUGAGCCUCGCUCCCGCUGCUCCCCUAACCCCUGCUUUAAGGGCGUGUCUUGCAUGGAGAGCCUACAUUACCCAGGAUACACCUGUGGAGCCUGUCCCCCCGGGACCAGUGGCAACGGGACACACUGUCAGGACAUUAACGAGUGUGAGCUGCAGCCCUGCUACACCCCUGAAGCCUGUGUGAACACUGUGGGGGGGUUCACCUGUCAGCCGUGUCCUCCUGGACUGUGGGGGCGCUCGCUCGCUGGGACAGGACUGGACUACGCCAAGACACACAGACAGGAGUGUGUGGAUGUGGACGAGUGUGUGGAUCUCCCCGACGCCUGUGUGUCCAACUCUGUGUGCAUCAACACCGUGGGCUCGUACAGGUGUGGGGGCUGUAAACCUGGUUUUCUUGGUAACCAGUCGUCGGGCUGCUUCCCCAGGAUGUCGUGUGCGGCGCUGACCUUUAACCCCUGCGACACCAACGCCCACUGCAUCAUGGAGAGGAGCGGGGGGGUGGCCUGCAGGUGUAACAUCGGCUGGGCAGGUAAUGGGAACACCUGUGGAACAGACACAGAUAUUGAUGGAUAUCCGGACCGCUCUCUGCCCUGCAUCGACAACCACAAACACUGCAAGCAGGAUAACUGUGUGUCCACACCGAACUCGGGUCAGGAGGACGCCGACAACGAUGGGAUCGGAGACCAGUGUGACGAGGACGCUGACGGAGACGGCAUCAAGAACGUGGAGGAUAACUGCCGGCUGGUCCCCAACAAAGACCAGCAGAACUCGGACAGCGAUUCGUUCGGAGACGCCUGUGAUAACUGUCCCAACGUCCCCAACACCGAGCAGAAGGACACGGACAGCAACGGGCAGGGAGACGCCUGCGACCAGGACAUCGACGGGGACGGUAUUCCUAACGUCCUGGAUAACUGUCCGAAGGUCCCGAACCCGAUGCAGACAGACAGAGACAGAGACGGAGUGGGAGACGCCUGCGACAGCUGCCCUGAACUCAGCAACCCCACACAGACCGAUGUCGACAACGACCUGGUGGGGGACGUGUGUGACACCAACCAGGACAUGGACGGGGACGGUCUGCAGGACAGCAGGGACAACUGUCCCGACCUGCCCAACAGCUCACAGCUGGACUCGGACAACGACGGCCUCGGAGAUGCCUGCGACCACGACGACGACAACGACGGCGUCCUGGACGACUACGACAACUGCCGACUCGUCGUCAACCCCAAUCAGAAGGACUCCGACAUGAACGGGGUGGGGGAUGUGUGUGAGGACGACUUUGAUAACGACUCAGUGUUGGACCUUGUGGACGUUUGUCCUGAGAGUGCUGAGGUCACGCUGACCGACUUCAGAGCCUAUCAGACGGUGAUCCUGGACCCCGAGGGCGACGCCCAGAUCGACCCCACCUGGGUGGUGCUCAACCAGGGGAUGGAGAUUGUGCAGACGAUGAACAGUGACCCGGGCCUCGCUGUGGGCUACACGGCCUUCAACGGCGUGGACUUCGAGGGAACGUUCCACGUGAACACUGUGACGGACGACGACUAUGCCGGCUUCAUCUUCGGGUACCAGGACUCGUCCAGCUUCUACGUAGUGAUGUGGAAGCAGACGGAGCAGACGUACUGGCAGUCGCUGCCCUUCAGAGCGGCUGCGCAGCCGGCCCUGCAGCUCAAGGCAGUGAAGUCACGCACGGGCCCUGGGGAGUUCCUGAGGAACGCUCUCUGGCACACGGGGGACACGACGGGGGAGGUGAAGCUGCUCUGGAAGGAUCCCAGGAACCAGGGCUGGAGGGACAAGACCUCGUACCGCUGGAGUAUCACCCACCGGCCCCAGGUGGGAUACAUCAGGCUCCGGCUGUUUGAGGGGACGGAGAUGGUGGCGGACUCUGGAGUAGUGAUCGACACCACGAUGCGAGGAGGCCGUCUCGGCGUCUUCUGCUUCUCUCAGGAAAACAUCAUCUGGUCCAACCUGCGCUACAGGUGCAACGACACGGUGCCUGAAGACUUCCAGAUCCACCGCAAACAGUUUCUGAUGCACAUCCAGGUGUGAGAGGACUGCUGGAGGGGGGGGGGGGGGACUCAUUCUAUUCAGUCAGAUUAAAAAAGGUCUGCAGAUUUGAGACGUUACUGAAAGAGCGUUUGUGAUUGCUCCGUUCUCUUUCAUCCCCGACAUAUUCUUUUUUACGCGUCAUUUUACAACUGUAACAUUUUAACCAUCAGGCGGGAAAAAAGGAUAUCUUCCAAAGAUCCUGUUCGUAAUGACGGAGACUAUCCAGACUGAAUCUGAAAUCUUUCACAGCUUUCCCCCGACUCAGUAUACUCUUAUUAUUUCACCCCUAAGGGCCGCUAACUGUCAGAGAUAUUUCACAUGUACCUGAUGUUCGGGAGAAGCAAACACUGCUGAGUAGCGCUAAGCUAACGAGAAGCUAACGAGACGCUAAUGGAUGUCGGAAGUGGAGUAAUGCUUUAAAUGUUUCUGUGUUUUUUAAAUGUACAUAUCUUUGUUGAAAUAAACUCCUGUCCGUGACUUUUCCUAAAA